UCACUUCUCGUUGGGUUUUGGAAUGCUAGCGAUCUUUUUAAUAUCAGAUUAUAUUUUGCUUUUUAGUUUGCUUGUAAAGACACUUAACUACAGCAGGUCGUGAUGGUCGAAGGUCCAGGAUGCACUUUGAACGGAGAGAAGAUUCGUGCAAGAGUUCAAAAGAGACAGAAAGUUUUACACAUACAAGGAAACGAAACCAAAACAACAUCAGAUGACGGCAGCAGAAGCUCUUUCCAGAGUUUUAAGGGCGGUGAGUUCACAGGUGUGGAGACUCUGGGGAAAGAGCUCUUCAUGUAUUUUGGAGUCAGAGCUCUGAGAUUACACUUCGGCAUGAAUGGCUCUAUGAGGAUAAACCCUCUUAAGAAAGACUUGCAUGGAAAGCCUCCAGUCCUUGUUAUUCAGCUUACCAACGAUGCCAUUUGUUUCUUUGACACAACUGUGGAAAUCAGACUCUCAGAGGACUGUGAGCAGAAAGUAAGAGCCAUGGAGGCUCUCGAUAUCUGUUCGCCCAAGUUUAGUUUCUCUCGGGCGGUGGAAGCUGUGAAGACGGAGAGAGCGAGGAUGCUGUGUGAUGUUCUGUUGGAUCAGACUGUCCUGCCUGGUGUUGGAAACAUAAUUAAAAAUGAAGCGCUUUUUGAUAGUGGCCUUAACCCAGCUGUCAAGGUCAGUCAGUUGACAGACGAACAAGUUCAUCAUCUUGUGAAGAUGACGCGAGACUUCACUCUUCUGUUUUAUAAGUGUAGAAAGAAUGGGUCUCCACUUUACAAGCAUUACAAGGUGUACAAACGUCCAAACUGUGGCCAGUGUAGCGGAACUGUCACUGUCUGUCGACUGGGAGACAACGGCAGGAUGACAUACUACUGUCAGCGCUGUCAAACUGGUGAUCCGAGUGAAGUGAACAUCAGCAAGCUCCCAACUCGUAAUAGUCUGAUUGGAUGGGUUUAUCAAGGAGGAAUGAGCAGCAGCGAACAUGUGGCCAAACGAGAAGAGGAAGAGUGGACAUGUUCCCUCUGCACUUUAAUCAAUAGGCCUUUCAACAAGCAUUGUGAUGCCUGCAUGAGCCCUAGGCCAGAUGAGCCCCAAAAGCUGGAACAUUCACCUUUGAGUCCAGACCUGAUCCGCUACCCCUGCAACAGUUUUAGCAAACCCCUGCAGGAAAUAAAGAUGAAUCGCAGGGCCGCAUUUGGGACAACCACUCUAGUGCUAACCAGCCUCAGUGCAAAACCUGACUCUCCUUCAAGUCCUGCCAUUAACCAGGCACACACACCAGAGACAAUGAGAGGUCUGAGCACGCACGGCAACUGGCAGCGGAAGAGUCCCAGUAAUGGCAUGAGUGGGAUGCAAUUCAAAGGCAAUGAGCCCUAUAAGAGAGAAUCUCCAACAGACCACAGUCAGCCUAACAAGAGAAUGAAAACCACGAAUGGAACGUUUUCUGGAGGAAACAUAAAGCACAUCUCCUCAAGCCAUCACCGACCAUGCACCCAGAGAGUGGUCACUAAGGAAGGAGAAAACAAAGGCAGACAGUUUUACACCUGCUCCCUGCCCCGAGAAACUCAAUGUAACUUCUUUGAGUGGGCAGACCUGCAUUUCCCCAUGUGUCAUCAUGGCAAACGGACCGUUAUGAAAACUGUUCUGAAACUGGGACCCAAUAAUGGCCGCAACUUCUACACAUGCCCAGUUAAAAUGGGCAAGCAGUGUAACUUCUUUCAGUGGGCUGAAAAUGGCCCUGGCAUCUCAAUUCUGCCUGGCUGCUGAGUCCACAGCGUGAGUUGGACAUGACAUCUUUUCAAAUGCAUUAAAAAGCUUUUGAAGCUAUGUUUGCUUUUUUUGUUGAGAUGAUGAAAACAUAAGUGUGUGUUUUGUCAUAGUAAAUCUGUAAUAAAAGAUUCUUUUAAAAA